AAAAUGGGGAUUUGGGGAUUCCUUUUUUCUCUCUCCUUCUUUCCAAAAACCAUCCACUCUGACUCUUUGAGUACAAGAGCUGAAGAUGGAGGGAGGUAGAGGUUUCAAAUCAAACCCAGAAAUCAAAUAAAUUACUUAAUGUGAGUUUUUUGUUGAAGUGGGUAAAAAAAAAAGAGGGUUGUGAUCUGGGAAAUUGGGUGUUUGUAAAAAAUGGAUAUUGAUAGCAUAGAGUGUGUAUCAUCCAUAGAUAUGGAUGAAGAUGAGAUUAUACAACAAUAUCACCACCCUUUUUCAUCAUCAAAAGCUCCACACAAUCACAUCAUCAACAAUGGCGUCCUUAAUCCCACCAUUCACCCAGCUACUAGUGUUCAUGAGCUUCUUGAGUGUCCUGUUUGUACCAAUUCUAUGUAUCCUCCUAUUCACCAGUGCCGAAAUGGGCAUACACUUUGUUCCACCUGUAAAACACGUGUACAAAAUCGAUGCCCCACCUGUCGUCAGGAACUUGGGGAUAUAAGAUGUCUAGCAUUGGAAAAAGUUGCUGAAUCACUUGAGCUUCCUUGCAAAUACUAUUCAUUUGGUUGCCCAGAGAUCUUUCCCUACUACAGCAAAGUUAAACAUGAAGCCAUAUGUAACUUCAGGCCGUACAAUUGUCCAUAUGCUGGAUCCGAGUGUUCUGCCUCCGGGGAUAUACCUUAUCUCGUGACUCACUUGAGGGAUGAUCACAAGGUCGACAUGCAUUCUGGAUGUACAUUUAAUCAUCGUUACGUGAAGUCUAAUCCACGUGAGGUGGAAAAUGCUACAUGGAUGCUAACUGUUUUCCACUGUUUUGGUCAAUAUUUCUGCCUCCAUUUCGAAGCAUUUCAACUUGGCAUGGCACCUGUAUAUAUGGCGUUCCUUCGGUUCAUGGGGGAUGAGAUGGAAGCUAGGAAUUAUAGCUACAGCCUUGAAGUCGGGGGUUAUGGCCGAAAACUGACGUGGGAGGGAACCCCUAGAAGUGUAAGAGACAGCCAUAGAAAAGUAAGGGACAGUCAUGAUGGUCUUAUAAUACAGAGAAACAUGGCACUCUUCUUUUCCGGAGGAGACCGCAAGGAACUCAAGUUGCGGGUAACUGGACGCAUAUGGAAGGAACAGCAGAACCCGGAUGGUGGAGCCUGCAUUCCAAAUCUGUGCAGCUAAUAGUUGGUUCCAAAUCCAGUCUUCUGUUUGGGAUAAUUGUAAUUUGGUUAACAAAGUAUAUAGACGUGUUGUGUAAUCACUUGUAUGGAAUGUGUGUAUGUUAAUUAGAUGUAGCUGCUGUUUCGUAAGAUUGUUUUAACUAAUUCAACUUUCGCCGUUGAAAAUGGCUAAUAAUUUUCAGUACUUUUGUUUCC